UCGAGAUUAGGGAGCAAGUGGUGAAGUGGUCGUGGUGGUUAGGUUGAGUGGUGCUACCAGUGCAGGUCAUUGCUGACGUUAUUGCGAGGGAGUGCGUGUUAUUGUAGCCUGGGCUGCUCUCUUCACGAUUGCGCUCAUCAACAACAUCAACCACAUCAACAACAUUGACAACAUCAUCAACAUCAACGACAUCAACAUGGCUCAACCAUCGACGCGUUUCAGUGACAACUAUGAAGUCAAGGAGGAGCUUGGCAAGGGCGCAUUCUCGGUGGUGCGGCGCUGCGUGCAGAAGGCCACGGGCCUUGAGUUCGCCGCUAAAAUCAUCAACACCAAGAAACUUUCAGCUAGAGUUCGCCUGCAUGACAGUAUACAGGAGGAGUCUUACCACUACCUAGUCUUCGAUCUGUGAGUAUUGUAGCUUAUCAUGUAUCUUAUAUAUUGUAGUAU